UCUCUGUCCAUGCAGGGGGGGAGGGGGUGGCGCGCGCGCCAUUUCUAGUCGUUUUCAAAGCGCCUCGCGCUGAUUCUCACGGGCCAGGCUGCCGGCCCCCCGCUCUGCCCUGGUGAGUCUCGCGCUGGCCCGUGGGGGGAGGGGCCUGGAGUCCCGGUCUGACCGGAUUCGGCCGGGUCCAGGCUCGGCGCCCCGGCCUGCAGUUUGGGUCUUUGCUCCGAGGCCCGAGGGUGGGGGUGGGGAUGGGCCGGGGGCGGCUUCUGCUCGGACCGGCCGCGCAGCCGUGGGCCUGAGUCCGGCCGCGGCGCCUCCUUUCUUUCGCUCAUCCUUAUCAGCCCCUCCGGUGCCCCGGUCCCUCGGUCCGCUGUCCUCCGUGCGGCCUGCCGGUUUCAGGGUGCUUUUCCCGCCUCCGCCUGCCGCUGUCCGCGGCCCGGCCGGGCUAAGGGUUUCAGACGUUCCCCUGACUCCGGUGCUUGCCCCUAGGCCUGCGGUUAGGCCUGGCCCGCAUCUCGCCUUGCCAGGAGUGGGAUGUGUUGAUACGGGGUCGCGCCCGAGGGGGUGGGGUGAGCCGAGGGCGGGGUGCAAGUCUUAGGGUUACCUGAGCCCGGAGCAAACUUUUACGGGAGUCGGAGCCGAGGGACCGAGGUAUGGGGGGUGCCUCCCGCCCGAUCCCCAACCUGCAUGAUUCGAGCCGGGAUUUGAAGGAAAAAAUGACUACUAGAGGCCGUGACACUUGGUUUUGAGCGGCGCCUGAGCUAGCAUAAUAAAAUGGCUAAUCAGGUGAAUGGUAAUGCGGUACAGUUAAAAGAAGAGGAGGAGCCAAUGGACACUUCCAGUGUUACUCACACAGAGCACUACAAGACACUGGUAGAGGCAGGCCUCCCACAGAAGGUGGCAGAGAGACUUGAUGAAAUAUUUCAGACAGGGUUGGUAGCUUAUGUCGAUCUUGAUGAAAGAGCAAUCGAUGCUCUCAGGGAAUUUAAUGAAGAAGGAGCUCUGUCUGUGCUGCAGCAGUUCAAAGAGAGCGACUUAUCCCAUGUUCAGAACAAAAGUGCAUUUUUAUGUGGAGUUAUGAAGACCUACAGGCAAAGAGAGAAACAAGGCAGCAAGGUACAAGAGUCCACGAAAGGGCCUGAUGAAGCAAAGAUCAAGGCCUUGCUCGAGAGGACUGGUUAUACUUUGGAUGUAACCACAGGACAGAGGAAGUAUGGUGGGCCUCCACCAGACAGUGUGUACUCAGGUGUGCAACCAGGAAUUGGAACAGAGGUCUUUGUAGGUAAAAUUCCAAGAGACUUGUAUGAGGAUGAGUUGGUGCCCCUUUUUGAGAAGGCUGGUCCUAUCUGGGAUCUACGCCUCAUGAUGGAUCCACUUUCUGGUCAGAACAGAGGCUAUGCGUUUAUCACCUUCUGUGGAAAGGAAGCCGCCCAGGAAGCAGUUAAACUGUGUGACAGCUAUGAGAUUCGCCCUGGUAAACACCUGGGAGUGUGCAUUUCUGUGGCAAACAACAGACUUUUUGUUGGAUCCAUUCCAAAGAAUAAAACUAAAGAGAAUAUUCUGGAAGAGUUCAGUAAAGUCACAGAGGGUUUGGUGGACGUUAUUCUCUAUCAUCAACCCGAUGACAAAAAGAAGAAUCGGGGGUUCUGCUUCCUUGAAUAUGAGGAUCACAAGUCAGCAGCACAAGCCAGACGCCGGCUGAUGAGUGGAAAAGUCAAAGUGUGGGGAAAUGUAGUUACAGUUGAGUGGGCUGACCCCGUGGAAGAACCGGAUCCGGAAGUCAUGGCAAAGGUAAAAGUUUUAUUUGUGAGAAACCUGGCUACUACAGUGACAGAAGAAAUACUAGAAAAGUCAUUCUCUGAAUUUGGAAAACUGGAGAGAGUGAAGAAGUUGAAAGAUUAUGCAUUUGUUCAUUUUGAAGACAGAGGAGCUGCUGUUAAGGCUAUGGAUGAAAUGAAUGGAAAAGAAAUAGAAGGGGAAGAAAUUGAAAUUGUCUUAGCUAAGCCACCAGACAAGAAAAGGAAAGAGCGCCAAGCUGCUAGACAGGCCUCCAGAAGCACUGCGUAUGAAGAUUAUUAUUAUCACCCUCCUCCCCGAAUGCCGCCUCCAAUGAGAGGUCGAGGUCGCGGAGGGAGAGGUGGAUAUGGCUACCCUCCAGAUUACUAUGGUUAUGAAGACUACUAUGAUGAUUACUAUGGUUAUGAUUAUCACGACUACCGUGGAGGCUAUGAAGAUCCCUACUACGGCUAUGAUGAUGGCUAUGCAGUAAGAGGAAGAGGAGGAGGAAGGGGGGGGCGAGGUGCUCCACCACCACCAAGGGGGCGGGGAGCACCACCUCCAAGAGGUAGAGCUGGCUAUUCACAGAGGGGGGCACCUUUGGGACCACCAAGAGGCUCAAGGGGUGGCAGAGGGGGUCCUGCACAACAGCAGAGAGGCCGUGGUUCUCGUGGAGCUCGGGGCAAUCGAGGGGGCAAUGUAGGAGGCAAGAGAAAGGCAGAUGGGUACAACCAGCCUGAUUCCAAACGUCGUCAGACCAACAACCAACAGAACUGGGGUUCCCAACCCAUCGCUCAGCAGCCGCUUCAGCAAGGUGGUGACUAUUCUGGUAACUAUGGUUACAAUAAUGACAACCAAGAAUUUUAUCAGGAUACUUAUGGGCAACAGUGGAAAUAGACAAGUGAGGGCUUGUAAACGAUUCUGUCAAGAUCCGAUUGGCUCUAGAUCUACAUUCUUCAAACAAAAUUGGCGUAACUGUUUCAUCUUUAAGUAGCAGUUUGCUGCCAUUUGUAUUCAGCUGAGGAAGUCACUCUUGUGUAUAUUCUCAAGGCUUCUUAUUUUUCUUCUUUUCUAAAUGCUCUCGGACAUUACUGGGCUUGCAGAGGUCCCUUAUUCUGGGGUCACAAUGCUUUUACCGUUCCAAGCUUCAUCCUAGCUUCAGAACAAACUGUAAAUCAUGAUUUUGCAGAGCCUUUGGUUUGGACAGUUCUGUGUUUUGGAUGUGGAAUAGAUUACAUAGGAGUAUGACGUAUGCUGUAAAUAAAAGUACAACAGUACUUUGUCUCAGUACUUUUAAGGAAUUAAAGCAAACAGACUUAAGUUUCCUUGUAUUGAAAAUAACCUAUGACUGUAUGUUUUGCAUUCCUAGAAGCAGGUUAACUGUGUUUUUAAAUUGUUAUAACCACACCUUUUUGAAAUCUGCCCUACAAAAUUUGUUUGGCUUAAACGUCAAAGCCGUGACAAUUUGUUCUUUGAUGUGAUUGUAUUUCCAAUUUCUUGUUCAUGUAAGAUUUCAAUAAAACUCAAAAAUCUAUUCAAAACAUCACCUAUUUCAAAUUCAAUUGUGUCCUAAAAACAUUAUUUUAUUCGUAAUCCUUGAAGGAAUACUGUUUUCAAAGUAGAACUGCCUAUGUGAGUGAUCAAAUUCAUGAAAAAUUUCUCGUCUAUUCCAUCAUGUAUUGUGGAUAUUAGAUUUGAGGAUUAUUCUAAAUUCACAUAUUCCAAAUACCAUUUCAUUGAUUGUGUUCUCUCAUAAUCUCUUCUAAUUUUGAAAUUUUAUCCUUAAAGAAAACAAACAGACUCAUAUGUUUUUGAACAGGUAUUGGAUAAUUUUUAUUAAAGCAAAAUGGAGCUGGGGAAGCACACUACAAUUUGUUUUGACCUACAUUCUUUCAAAUCAAGGAUAAUUGUGACUGAAGACCUUAUUUGCUGGAUAAGUAAAUGCACAUACAGAGACAACUUAGGACUGUGAUGCCAUUUGCACUGUGGACUAGACGCAGUUUUAGGGCUCAUGAUCCCCUGUUUCACUAGUUUGGGACUGUGAUCCCUGUUGCUGUGUAAACUUGCUUUGGGAAGCAGUCACGCCUUUGAAGAGACUUUUAAAUAUCAAGUGGUCAUGUCUCUGGCUUUCCGCUAAUACCUCUUUUACAUUUUUACCAUGUCUGUUGGCUAAGUUUUUGUUGGCCAAGUGAUGACGUUCUCUAUCUCCUUGCUUCUUUUAGAAAUUCCAAUUUAUUCUAAUGACUUUGCUAAGUGAAAAGAGCAGAAGAAUGUAAACUUUCUUUGAAAAUUUUUUUUCCUUUUGGUGCUGGGAAUUGAACCCAGGGACUGCACACGUGCUACCAGUGAGUUGUAUCAAUAACCCCCGUAAAAUGUUUUAAAGUAUAUAACAUAAGCCACUGGGGACAGUUAAAAUGGACUAUCCCUUGUUUGAUGCUCUGUACCUGUUUGGUGUCUUUUGUGAUCCCAGUCUUAGGUUUCAGAAUCGUAAGCCACUUGCUCCUUGUCACACAGUCAGUCACACUUCUGGUCUCAGGGCUUCACUUUGAACUUUAACAUUUGCUGAUGAAAGCCAAAUGCCACAUUUCUUUUUCAGAGUUUAUUCAUAGCACACUAAUUUAACAAGCUUUAUUAAGAAAUUAUGUGGCCUGUUGUAGUUAAGUUAGAAUAGAUGUUAGUUAAGGGUUAGAUUAUAGUUUUUUAAUUUUUCUAGUGCCCAUGUUUACAAAUAAGGAGCAGAUACUCUUUAAAUGCUGCUUUUAAACUUAGAAUAAUUCGAAGCCUUGAGUGUAAAUUAGACUUAAAGCACUAAUUUUUUCUUGUAAAGAAAAAUAUAUAUAAGUAAAAGUUGCAUUUCCCCCCUAAAUCCAUGUAACUGGCUCUCAAGGUUUCCCAGCAAGUGGGGUCAAACCUGACUGAGCGUGACCCCUAGAAUCCACAAUGGAAGGAGCCCCAGUUGUGUAUAGCACACUUAUGCAAGUCAGAGGACACGUCACAGAAACAUAAUGGACUGAUUAAAAAUGUUUAAUUAGGUGUUAGUCAUAAAGAAUAUUAUGAAAGGAAGUAGAAAUGAUUCUGAAAAUGUAAUUUACUGUGCUUCUGCCAAUAACCCUAAAAUACAAACUAGUAAAACUUCACAUUCCAUUUCAAAAUUCUUUAAUUCUCUGUUUCAGAUUUUAAGUGGGCCAUUCCUAUUCUGUUCCUUUCGAUAAUUAAAAAUAUAUCUGCAGAGAUUUCCUUUAAUCUUUGCUUUAUAAGUUUUUACCUAUUUAAAAGUCAGUGACCCUAUAUAAAAUUUCACUUUAGAGCUUUCCUGUUUGAUGUCAUAAGAGUUAUUCCUUGCAGUAUUCAGUAAAAGGAUAAACCCAGUGCUCAACUUGUCACAGACAUUGAACAAAUGUCAAUCAAGGAAAGUUGGAAAUUUACACUAGGGAGUUUUUGUUUAAGAAGUGACCAGGCACAGAUGAGGCGUUCUGAGGGACAUGGCUUCCUAUUCUACCUUUCCAUCUUUUUUUCUCCCCACCCAAUGUAGUCGACGAAGCUUUAUUCACGAGCCUGUCAGAUUGAGUGAGUGUUGGGAGGUAAUGCCUAUACUGAGGUACACCUCUUUGUAGGCAUCCUCCUAACAGUAACAAGAAUAUUCCUUCCCCAUAAUGGAAUGCAAAUUUUUAUUUGAUCACUCAUUUAUAGCAGUUGUUUAAAUGCAUAUAUUUAUAUGAAAGUGUUCUAAUUAAAAACAAAAAAGUUCUAAUAAGUUGCCAGAUUCCUAAUUAAAUUUGAGUUUUACCUGAUCAAAAGAUAAGGAAAAUGAGUUUUGGUUUUAAAGUUCCUUUAAAAAAAAAAAGUACAGCAGAAUUGUUUUUCAUUUUUCUUAGUUACUGGGAUGAUUCUGCAAAAGAAAGCCCAAUGCUUUCUCCUAGUUAAAAAUGAUUUUUCUCGUUGAUUUUGGUUUAGGAUAUGAACCCUCUUAUAAAAGUUAGCAUGCAUCAAAAUUAAUUCUGUAUUUUUUAAAGUGUAGAAGAGAAAGGACAUAAAAUUCUACUCCUAUCAUAAAGCCUUAUAAAAUUAUUCUUGAAACUCAUUACAUCAUUUGCCUCCUGCCCAUUUAAAUAUGAUCAUACCUAUGUUUUAUUAAUUGUGUAUUAUUUGUAAAACCAAACCCUUCCAGUAAAUACUUGCUAUAAGGCUAUUCCUUGUUUGUUUUAAAGAUUUGUAAAUUUGUUAAAAGUUUGCCUUUUCAAAGAGAAUCUUACUGUCUUGAGCUGUUCUCAGGCCAGUCAGUUGUACCUAUUGUUUGCACUCCUUUGAUUAUCUGGCAUUUCCUAAGUGAGCGGUGAGGAGAAAGCCUUAUAGAAAGACUGCACUGGACGUAGAAAUGUGUUUGUUUCUCUGAAAUGGAGCUUCUGUUAACUGAGCAGUAGAGUUGUGGUAGAGCCAGUGGAUUACAUGACUGACUGCAAAGUCCAGAGUACCAGAUCCUCGAACCAAAUGUCUUUCCUUCUGCAUUACGAGUUUGUAGAUCAGAUCUUACUUUUGAAACCCAAACACAAAGCUUUAAAAAUAGUAGUUCACUUAAUAUAUUGGUCAGUAAUUUAAUAUUAAUAUUUAAUUAGAAGUAGUUACUGUUAUUCUAAAAAUAUUUUUCUUUUAAAAAUAUAUGUUUAUAUGUGUGUUUAUAUUCACUGCUGUUGUUAGUAUUUUGAGGUUACCAGAAGCUCUGGUUUUGCUUUGGUUUUGCUUUUUUUAUCAUUUUCAGAUGUUGUCCAGAAAUCUGCAAGUGUUCUUUUCCUGUUUUAACUCCUUCCUUUUAUCACCUGACUAUCAGGGAAGCGAGGUUGAGGCUGCCCUGCCCUGACAUGUCAUGAUGUCGACUUGCUAGGUGGGGUUCGCUGGGGACCAUAACCAGUGGAAUUGUUGGUAAGAACUUUUUUUAUUUCCUAUUUCCUUUUCUUUCUUUUGUUCUGUUUUUUUGUUUUUGUUUUUUUUUAAUUUAUUUACAAGUGGGGCAUUAAUUGUGGGGAAUGCUGCCCAUAUCUUGUAAGUAGGCAAUUAUGUUGGCCUUAAGGAGAAACAGAUGUUUAAGUAGUACUUGUAUUCUCAUAGGAACAUAUAAUAAGUACUUAACUCACUUUCAGAUUAGUAAAUCAGCUGAAUAUUAGGAUAUGAAAUAUUCCAGUUACUAUUUGUCAAGCUAGAUACCUUACAAUCUAGAGUAUUUGUUGAAGCAACAAUGAUGCUGUAUUUUACUGUGAUUUUAGUCUCUCUGUUACCAUAUCUACUACAUUUUUAUGGGACGCUAGUGUAUAAGCAUUUAAAGAGAUUUAUUGGGGUUGGAGAUUUAGCUCAGUGGUAGAGCGCUUGCCUAGCAAGCGCAAGGCCCUGGGUUCGGUCCCCAGCUCUGAAAAAUAGAAAAGAAAAAAAAAAAAAAGAGAUUUAUUGUACACUAAUGUUUAAUGAAAAUAAGAAGGUAUUGCCUAGACUGGAGGGUUUAAAUAGUAUAUAUUUUAAUUCUAUAAAAUUUUAAUAUUGUAAAAUUAAACUCGAGGAUUUUGGCAGUUUAAUAAAAUAGCAUUUUUGGUAAAGAUAAGUUGAUAUGGUAAGUUAGGAUCCAGAGAAAGCUUACAUGGCUAACAUCUUGAGACCUUGAGUAUGAAUAGAAACAAAGGAAGAGUUGAGGGUGUGGCUUAAGGAGAACUCAUACUUAGCAAUUUUUGAGGCACUAAGUUCAGUCCUCAGCACCUCUACUAGGUAACCAACCAACCUUAAACCUCCCAGUUGACACAAUUAGUAAAUACUGCAAGCAUUAACAGUCUAGAUUACUAAACAUUUUACUUCUGUGGUGCAUGUGGUGGUGCUUACCCAUAGAGUAACACAAUGGAGACCUGCCUCAAAAAAACCAAGGUGCAGGAUGUGGUGGAGCACUUGCCUAGCAUACGUAAGGAUCUAGGAUCAAUCCCUAGUGGCACAAAAAAUCUAAAAAACUAAAAACAUAAAACUUCCCAGCUUAUACUCAGGGCAUAUUAUGAUGAUUAAGUAUAAAUUGAGGGACACUAACUUAAUAACUAGACAAAAAUAAUUAAAAGUAGUAACAUUGAAUAAAAGUAAUUGCAUGUUUGAAGAACUGCCUCAGUCAGUCUUCGUGUGGAACUUGGCCUUCUGUAGUGUCUGUCGGAAUCUGGUAGGGGUUACACAUGUGCCAGUGAGCAUUGGGACUCUUAGCGUUCACCUCGCAGUUCACAGUAGAAUGGCUAGCUAGGUGUCACAGUGAGAUCAUACAGAGUAACUAGCAAUUCCAGGGUUGAGUUAAAGUUUUGUUUCUUUGUCCACAUUUUAUGCAUGUAUCAGUGCUAGAAAAAGUGAGGUGUAGAACUUGGUUGCCUGCACUAAACAGUGUGCUUCCUGAGGACUCUGUUGACAUUAGGGACUCUCAAUUUUGAUGAGUUUGUGUAAAUUAAGAGAAAUAAAAAUACAGUUUAUUAACCCUAUGUCUUUGCAACAAAAUACCCUUGAUGGGACCAGAAAGGAAAUGGGCACUAUGGAAGAACUCUUAAACUGCUGCAGUAGGGGCUUCCAUUUCAUGGGUCAGGAUCUCAGAACAUUACUUAGUGUGAUGUUCACAGGUAAUGCUUCGGCUAAAGAGACUCAUCUGGCCUGCUAAAGAAAAUAGGUAGAAUUACACUUGAGUCAGUGCAGUAUUUAGAGUUAUAUUCUUUGGCUGUUUCUAGAAUUGGACUGAAAAUGCCUACAGACACUGUCAGAUGUGUACACAUACAAUAACACGAGGUGUAUCCAAACUGGGACAUCUACAAGACGUUGUCCAGUUAAUCAUUUUACAGAAAACCUGCUUUUGGUACAGUGUUCAUGUACCAUAACUGUAUUGGAAUAUUUGUACAAUGUUAAUAUUUUUAAUAAAAUUUAACAUGUUCAAAAUGUUGUGUUGGUGAUUUGGGGUGGGGUGUGAUGAAUUCAAUUUUGCAAAACAGACUUCAGCUGUGUAAUUUAGGCUUUUAUAGUCAAAACCUAAUUUCCUCCCAAAUUCAGUACUAACCUAUUUGAAGGGAGCUAGUUAAGGAGUAGUAAAGUAGUUUACUUCUACUGAAUUCCUGUGUGGGGUCUUUUGGGGGGGUACUUAGAGCACCUGAGGUUAGAGCCCUGGGCUCAGAGGUAUCAGGCAGGAAUGUUGACUCUGGUAUUUUCGGCUCCAAUAAAGUUUUAUAAGGAAAUGGUGACACCACAUUGGAAGUGACGUAGGGAAUCUGGAAGGGGCAGAUGGAAGCGUCCAUUGAGUGAUUGUUGGCUUUCUAUUGCCUUGAGCCUGUAACGUGAUGCACCACAAAGAGAGGUGGUGUUUGACGAAAGGUAUGGGUCUGUGGUCGAAAAAUACUGCCAGUGAACAGGAAGUUACACAUAGAAGAGUUCUCUUCCUUGGUGGAACUUUAGUUUCUGUCUCAUAUAGCUCCCAUUCCCUUUCAGGUUGGCUUGACAUGACAGGUUCUCUUCUGUUCUUUUCCUCAAGAAUAUACUUAGAUCCUCACCAGUGAUAAGGUGGAAGCUCGGGAGCUCACGCUGGAGUCAUACACUCACUCAUCCAUCUUUGUAAUGUGCCAUGAAUACCAAAAAUGGCUUAGGGGAAGGUCAUAUAGGGGUUAUAUAAUCAAAACAAGUUGAGUAAGUAGCAAGAAGGCGUCUAGAUACAUUCUGGCUUGUCUCGUGAAUGAAGAUUGCUGGUAAACUUAAGUUACAAGGUGAGAGUGAUAUGGUCUUCCCUUAGUUCACUGGUUUUCAGUUUACUGUUGUGUUUUUUCCCCAUUGUCCCCAAGUCAAAAAAUCGCUCAGCGAGACAGGAAGGGCUGUUCUAAAAGUGGCAGUGUAUAAAGCUCUUUGAGAUACUGUCAUAGCCAGGGUAGGGCAGAGGCCAGGAAGGUGCAGUAUAAAUCCUCAUCAGGCCCUACCUGCUCAGGUCCAAAGUCACAUGUGGGCCACAUUUAGUCUGGGUUGUAGCUGGGCUAUCUUUGCUGCCAUCUAGACCCUGAAUUCAUUUAGUGUGUUUAAAGAAAUGAGGUUCAUGAGUAUUUUCCAGCGUGGUUGUGCCUAUAUCUAUAAAAAAUUCUGCUUUUCUAGAAAUUUCAGAAAAAUUAAGACCACGUACAGAUAAUUUUCUUCAAGAAACCUUAUUAUUUCUAUCAAUUACUUAUUAUUACUAAUUACCAGAUAGUGACCUAACUUUAUUUUUAUUUAUUUAUUUAUUUAUUUUAUUUUUUUCCAGAGCUGAGGACCGAACCCAGGGCCUUCCGCUUGCUAGGCAAGCGCUCUACCACUGAGCUAAAUCCCCAACCCCCUAACUUUAUUUUUUAACUAAGAGUCUUCCUAUAUAGCCCAUAAACUCAAGAUCUGUCUGCUGCCUCUCAAGUGCUGGGACUAAAAGCUUGUGCCACUGUGCCUGUGGUGAUCAUUAGGGUCUAGUUAGUUGUUAGUAGGGCAGAAAGACGUCUGUGAAAAUAGUUUAGUAGCACUUGUUCAUGUGCACAAAGCCCAGGGUUUAAUUUUCCAGCAUGAUGCUAAUAAAUCAUAAAAUCAUACAAUUACACUCAUGACAUGUCUGAGGCUAGCCUAAGCAAAGAAGUCAGUGUUUAUAUAAAAUUUAUUUAAACUAUAUAGCUUCACCCUUUAAAAAUCACAUAGAGGGUUGGGGAUUUAGCUCAGUGGCAGAGCGCUUGCCUAGCAAGUGCAAGGCCCUGAGUUCGGUCCCCAGCUCCAAAAAAAAGGAAAGGAAAACAAAAAAUCACAUAGAAGUCCACCAGCUUAAGACUCAGCUUCACAGCUGUGAAUGAUGCCAGUCCCGUAAGCUGCAGCACUGUGAGGAAAAGCUCGGCCUGCAGUUGGCAGCUGUGCAGAGAAGAAAUCCUUUCCUUGGAUGGAAAAAAACUGCAUUAUUUCAAGUCUCAUAUUCCAUUGAGGGCUUGGCCAUUGCCGUGUGUUCUUGGGAGAUUAAUUUUAUGCUUAAGUCUAAAUUUCAGUUCCCUGGAUCUUAAAAUAGAUUAAAUAAAAAACAAUAUAUUUUAAAAGCUAUUCUUAGACCCUUUAAAAUUGUGUGCUUUAAGGAAGUGUGCUUUAUAUUGACCAAAAUAUUACCAAACAAAUCCUGUUAUUGAGCCUGACAAGUAUAAUGGGAUUUAUUUAUCUUGGCGGAAGUGAUCCAGGCAGUGGUGGUGCACACUCUUAAUCUCAGCACUGAGGAGGCAGAGGCAGGCAGCUCUCUGUAAGCUGGAGGCCAGCCUGGUUUACAGAGUUAAGUUCUAGGACAGCCAAGGCUACAUAGAGAAACCCUGUCUCAAAAAAACAAAACAAAAACCCCUCCGAUUUGGUUAAGUUGUACGUGUUUAGUAUUUGCGCCUCCUGUUAGCCGUAAAGUCCUGCUGCAGUAGUGUUCUGGAUCAGAGUCUGAGGUUAUCACCCUUCAAACAUAUAAACAAUAGUUCAGUAUUGUUGCUGAAACUUUUUAUUUUCUUUUUUUCGGAGCUGGGGACCGAACGCAGGGCCUUGUGCUUGCUAGGCAAGGGCUCUACCACUGAGCUAAAUCCCCAGCCCCCUGAAACUUAUUUUUAUGUUGUGAAGAGUAGUUAUGUUCAUUCAUUGUAACCAUUUCUAUUUGACCUUUCUAAAUGGAAAAAAAAAAAAAGGCUGAAUGAGACCAUUUAUUGUAAGUGUUGAAAUGACAUCUAUGCCAUCCCUAGCUACUAGAGUCUGGGGCAGGGGGUUUACCAUGUUGAAGCCAGCUUGAACCAUAUAUAAAGACAGUUUCUUAAAGCCCUUAGAAGGAAUGCUGGUGGUUAAUGAAAUAUUUGGAGAUGUUCAGGUCACAGUUAUCACUCAAUAUACUCCCCAAGCUGACAUGUAUGGAAGCCCCUCAGAGACUUUCAGAUUUUACUCUUUUCUGAGUUCAUUUCCCAGGAUAAUGCUGGCCUUGCAGUUGAUUCUCUUAAUUGGACUGGUGGGGGCUUUGUUAAAGGUUGAGGUGAUUUAUCAGCUCUGAGGUGAGGCAACAAGCUUCUAGAUGAUGCCAGGGUCAUGAUUACUCACAUUUCUGGGACUCAACAAAAGAAGACCUUAGUAGAAAAGCUAAGUAGGGAAAAGAAAAAAAGCUUAAAGCUUUGUUACUGGUUUGUUUGUUCUUUGAGCUUCUUCCUAGCUAUCCUGUUAUUUUCUGAAGACCAGGCUGGCUUUGAAUCCGGAGAUUAGCGUGCCUCUGCCUCCUGAGUGCUGGGACUAAGGUGUGUGCCACCACACCAGGGCUACUAUUAUUGAAAUAGUCUGACUGUGUAGUCUUGGUUGCCCUGAACUCGUGGACAUCAUGCUGGCUUCAAAGUAACAAGCAUCAGCCUGACUCCUGGGUGCUGGGAUUAACGCUGUCUGCUACCACACCGGGCAUAACAUCUUAACUGAUUUGCCUAGAUCUAGUUUGACAUUGGAAACUGUGGUAAAGGUUGAGACCUGGUUGCACAGGCCUUGGUUUACCUCUUAGUAACACAAAACACUGUGGUAAAACACUGUAAAUGUCACUAGUGCUUGGAGUUCCAAGGAAAUGAUAAGAAAAUGAAAUGGAUCUAUUAAGUAAUUUAAGAGGUUGUUCAGAAAUCAGGUCACUAUGCUAAUUUAGGAGGGAAGACAGAAGACAGCUUCAGGAGUUACUGACAGUGAAAACACACUGGAGACUCCCAAAGGGAUUGUUGACUGAUAACAAUGUCAGUUCAGUUGGUUUGGUUUUGAGAUUUGUCUUUGACCCUAAAAGACACAGGGUAAAACUGAGUAAAGAGGAAGGCUUGUUAGAAAGAAAUGACUUCUUAAAAGCAACUCGUAGAUUCAGGAUAGAUGGGAGAGCUUGACGAAGGGGGAGACACAGGACGAGCAUCCAUCUUUUAUUGCAGGAGCUGAAUGACUGACUGGUAAAUACCUGACAGUCAGUUCUGUGAGGUGGAAACGGUCUUCCUUUUCAGGGCAUGGUUUCUUUUUUAAUGACAGAUUGCUAACUAUUAUGAGUUCUGGGUAGAUUCCCUGUACUAAAUAGAUACUUACAUGUAAUCUGUCAGAAUGUAAGCAGGUUUUAUGUAAACGCACUCUGAAAUGAAAGGUAAGGAAGCAAACAGUAUUUGUAGCUAGUACAGCCCAGUGAUUGACUGUUAGGACCUGACAGGGCUGGAAUGUGAGCCUUGACUCCCAGGAAUACCUGGACAUUUAUUGUGAAGCCGAUGUAGCCUAGGUUGACUCUGAACACAGAUCGUCCUGCCUCCAAUUAUUACAUUUGUGUACCGCAGUGUAGGCAGUUUAAACAGCUGAAAUAUUAGACUGGAAAUAGACAAAAUGAAGUAAAUGAAUUUUAUAUUGUGUUGCAUCCUAAUUUGAAUUUAAAGUAGGCUGAUGUGUGAGAAACUCAAUUUGGGGCUGGAGGUGUACUCAGUGGUAGAGCGCUUGUCUGAGGUAUAUAAGCUUAGGUUGGAAUAAGAAACCAAGGAAAACAGCAAGAACAAAAGGGACACUAUUUUUAAUCUAGGCAGGGAUAUAUUUGAUUUGAUAAAGAAAGCUUCUCUUUUAAAAAAUAUGUGUGGGGGCUGGGGAUUUAGCUCAGUGGUAGAGCGCUUACCUAGGAAGUGCAAGGACCUGGGUUCGGUCCCCAGCUCCGAAAAAAAGAACCAAAAAAAAAAAAAAAAAAUGUGUGAUAUAGAUGUAUGUAUGUGUGUAAUCGGUUGCCUGAGAUGUUUGUGAGCCACCAUGUUCAUGGCUGGGAAUCAAGCUCUGGUCCUUUGGGAGAGUGGCCAGGCUCUUAACUACUGAGCCACCUCUCCAACCUUUAAAGCUCCUCUUUCUUUUUUUUUUUUUCCGGAGCUGAGGACCAAACCCAGGGCCUUGUGCUUGCUAGGCAAGCGCUCUACCACUGAGCUAAAUCCCCAACCCCGAAAGCUCCUCUUUCUAUGUGACUUUAAACAUUUAAAAAUGUCCUUUGUAUUUUAUUUAAAUAAUCUGAGUUUGUUUAUUCCUGAAUUCCAUCUAGUAAGUGCUAUUUAAGUCUUAAGUACUAGUUUAUUCAAUUGUCCUGCCAUCUUCAAGUUCAGUCUUUCUGCAUUCUCAAGGAUGUGAUGAAAAGCUUGCUAAAGGGCUUUCUGUAUCACACCUGUUCAUCUGUGAGUGUAAAAACACAAAGCUGGGCCUGCUUGGGCCUACUUAUCUCUGCAGAGGCAGGGACAGAAGGGUUACUACCAAGUUCAAGGCCACCUCGGUCAACACUGAGUUCCAGGCCAACCAGGAGUACAUAAUGAGAUGUUAUCUCAAGGAAAACAAAACAAUGACAAAAUAGAAUUAACAAGCCAAAAAGGUUGAGCCCUGAAUUAGUGUAGAAAAAGAACCUAUGUAUAUUCUUUUAAAAAUUCUAAGCCAGGCGUGCUACAAAUGCCUAUAAUUCCAACACUCAGAGAGUAGAGUUAGGGACCAAAGUUUGAGGCCAGCUUCAUACGUAGUUGAAGGCAGGUCUGAGUUACAGAGUGAGACUCUAUAAAGAAAAACGGCUUUCGGCGGCUGGAGAGAUGGCUCAGUGGAUAAGAGCACUGACCGCUCUUCCAAAGGUCCUGAGUUCAAAUCCCAGUAACCACACAGUGGCUCACAAUCAUCUGUAAUGAGAUCCGGUGUUCUCUUCUGGUGUGUCUGAGGACAGCGACAGUGUAUUCCCAUACAUUAAAUAAAAAAAUAUUUUAAAAACCAACCAAAAAAGAUAAAUUUUAAAAAAGGGCGUACACCUUUAAUCCCAGCACUCAGUUGGAGGACAACCUGGUCUACAGUGAGUUCAAGGACAGCCAGAACUACACAGAGAAACCCUGUUGGGAGGGAAUGCAGGGGGUGGUGUGGGAGAUGGGAAGAAAGGAAAAAAAAAUAUUUUCUCUAAUGUAGAAAGAACGGUAAAUGAAAAGCUUAAAAACAAUGGCUUUAGAUUGGUCAGAGCACUUGUGUCUUUGCUGUUCUCUCGUGAGUAUCUGAAUAAACAGGAAAUGAUUACAGAAGUGGCUGGGGUCCUAGCUUCUUUGGCAGUAGGCUUGCUUACCUAGCUACCUGCUAGCACUGUAAUAGUGAAACAUUAGACAAGAGCAGAAACCUUGUGUUUGACUCUGUGUGUGUGUGUGUGUGUGUGUGUGUGUGUGUGUGUGUGUGUGUGUGUGUGUGUGCGUGCGUAUACACAUAGGUACAACUGAACUAUUUAUAUCCCAGCCCUUAGAUUAGGUCCUUACUUUGGGUCCAUGAGUGUUCUUGAACUCAUGCAUCCUGCCCAUGCCUCUUGGAUAGUGCUAGGGUUACAGAUGUAUAUCACCAUACUGAGCCCACAAGACUGCUUUGGGUUAGGGUAGAAUGAAUGGCUGCUAGAGUUUCACAAUAUGCAUGAUGUGAAAUAUGACAUCAAUAAAACAUAUAUCCAAGCCAGGGAGUGGCGGCACGUCCCUUUAAUUCCAACACUCAGGAGGCAGAAGCAGAGGCAGAAGUAGGUGGAUCUCUGAGUUUAAGGCCAGCCUGGUCUACAGAGUUGAGUUUUAGAAUAGCCAGAGCUACACAAAGAAACUGUCUGGGGAAAACAAAGAUAUAUCCAAUCUUGAAAGUCAUUUCUGGCCUAUAGCCUACAGGGUCUUAGAGCUAGAGGUCCUUGGUUAGUAAUGUACUUGCUUGCCUACCAUGUGUGAGCCCUUGGGUCAGAACUCUAGUACCUCAUAAAUUGGGCCUGCUAAUGCCUUUCUGUAAUUCUGAGGAGGCUGAGAAAGAAGGAUCAGAAGAUUAGGGUAUGGCUGGAGAGAGAACUCAGCAGUUGCACUAACUGUUCUUCUAGAGGUCUAGCGUUCCAUUCCCUAGUAACCUCAUGGUGGCUCACAACCAUCUGUAAUAGGAUCUGAUGCCCUCUUCUCUGAUGUGUAUCUGAAGACAGCUGUGGUGUAUUCAUAUAAAUAAUCUAAAAAAAAGAUAGUAAGUUUAGGGUUAUCCGCAAAUACUUGGGUCAAAGGCUUGGGAGAGCUUAAGGCUACCCUAUAACUCAUAAGAUUCUGUGUCAGAAGGGGAAAAAAUGUCUUAUUAUAGCUUAAAUUUACAGCUUAUGUUUCAGCCUUCUGAGUAACUGGGACUGCAGACAUGUUACCCCCAUAUUUAUUGCAUGGUGGUACAGAUCUGUCGUAUUACCACACAAGAGGAUAAAAUGAGAGGGGGUCACAGAUUCCGAGUUAGCCUUGGGUCUUAUGUUGAUACCUAAAUGUAAAAACAUCCCUUGGGGGCCUGUCAUGGCAGUUCAUGCCUCUAAUCGCAGCACUUGGGAGGCAGAAGCAGGUGGACCUCCGAGAAUUCAAGGCCAGCCUGAUUUAUAUAGUGAGUUGAAGGCCAGCAGGGCUACAAACAAAGGCCAGCCUGUCUAAAAACAAACAAAAGAUAUUUCAGUAUGAUGUCACAUACUACCUCGGGCUGCAGUCUUUAGUUUGAGACUAGCCUGAACUACAUGGUGAGAUCUUGUCAGUAAUAGAGCACCUGUUUAACAAGUUAAAUGCUCUGGGUUCAAGGGCAGUCUCUUCUUUGAAGUCUUAGCCUUGCCCAGACACUGCAGCAGGUCCAGUCCCCUCACUUCUACAUCUCUAUCCCUGGGGAAGAUGGAGUCGUCCUUUUGGAAAAUAACCUCACUUUGACAAGUCUGUUCCUGACAGUAAUUUUUCAGAGACCAAAAGCAAGAGUAAAGGGAAGAGGUUGGUAGUCAGAUAAGCCUUGGGUGGCACUUAGGUGAAAAAGAAUAGCUCUUUUGGUUCUUUUUUUUUUUUUUUUUUUUUUUUUUUUGGUUCUUUUUCUCGGAGCUGGGGACCGAACCCAGGGCCUUGCGCUUCCUAGGCAAGCGCUCUACCACUGAGCUAAAUCCCCAGCCCCAAGAAUAGCUCUUUUGACUACAGACUCAUUUCAACCCCACCCUAGGCUUAACACCCAUGAGGGUGGCAGAGUUGUUAAAGAAGGGGAUAAAAGAAGUGUAGGUUAGACCUUUUCCCCCCAGCUUAAGAAGGAUAGGUAUUGGUAGAGCUCUUGCCUAGACGGCUUGAAGGUUGCAGGAGAUGAAGUAGCAGCCUGCCUUAGGGGAGUGGAGUGUGUCAUUAUGCAGUCUGUGUUCUUAUGUUCUUUCUAUACAGAUAGCGUAAACUAACACAGUGAGCAUUGAAGGACAUAGCUGUGGAAGAAGGAAGCCACCAGGAAACACAUUGCAGCGAGUGCUCUGGACUCAAUGGCACUGGGACCCUUCCAUCCAAGGACGGCAUCUCUAGAGGAGACCUUUGCUGUCCUUAGGCUGCAGAUAGGAUACAGGUGAAGGACAGUGUUUUAUUAGUGGCCUUUAGUCAUUGGGAAGGACAUGGAAGUGUAGAGUGGUAAGUGCUUAUGCCUAGGGUGCGGGGGCAUAGAUACAGUUCCCAGCAA